UUCAUGAUGAGCUCCGUUCUAAUCUAUAUCUAUUAAUAAAUAGGAGGCGGUUAUUCACCAUUCAUUCUUUAUUGUUUACAUUCCUGUUUGUAUUUACCUAUAUUUCAUAUCAUUCUUUGUCACCCAAGUUAAACAGUUAUUGUAUUACUUAAUCACUAUUCACACCAGUACCUAAUCGCAGUAUGCGUCGUGCCGCUUUAUUGACUCUUGCCCUUGUGGCAGGCUCUCUAGCAGUGGACUGCAAUGGCCAUGCCGAGCUGUGCAGCCAGCCAUAUAGCAAUGUCACUUUCGUGGGAGCUCACAACUCUCCCUUCGUUGGAAUUGGCCCAGCCGACAACCAAUACACCACACCGACCCAACAGUUAGACCAAGGCGUGCGGUUCCUUCAGGCACAAACCCAAGAAAAAGAUGGGGCUCCCGAGAUGUGCCACACGUCCUGCAUCCUAGAAGAUGCAGGCUCGCUACAUGACUACUUGGCAAGCAUAAAGGCUUGGGUCGAUGGUCACGCGAAUGAGGUUGUUACACUACUCAUUACAAAUCCUGAUGCUAUUGACAUCAAUAUAUACGGAGACAUCUUCAAGGCGACUGGGCUAGAUGCAUACGUUUUUACUCCCGAAAAGCUACUAAGCUUAGCAGACUGGCCGACAUUGGGAGAUAUGAUCUCCAGCGGGAAAAGAGUAGUGGUAUUCAUGGACUACAACAUGGAUACUUCCAAGGUCCCAUACAUCUUAGAUGAAUUUGCGUACUAUUUCGAGACUCCCUUCGACCCAACAGAGGAUCAGCUCACUUCUCAGUGCAACAUUGACAGGCCCUCAGGGGCUUCGGCUGACGGUCGGAUGUUUCUUGUCAAUCACAACUUGAAUAUUGAGAUCUUCCCUGAUGUUUUAAUCCCAGAUGCAAUUCAUGCUCGGGACACUAACUCGGUAGCAUCCAUCACUGCACAAGUCGAUAUUUGCAAGAAAAACUAUGGCCGGGUUCCGAAUGUGGUACUGCUUGACUUCGUAAGCGUAGGAGACACGAUAGCAGCCCAAACCCAACUUAACGGACUAUGAGUUUGCCAUGGGCUUGAAACAGCUGAGCCCCGCCCCCGCGAUAUUAUUCUUAUGUGAACAUACUUCAAUAUUGGUAUUUAGCUGGGAUUUGAUUGGUACAGGUGUAGGAUAUAUCGGCAUUUAUUUGUACAUUUGGAGCAAAAGGGUAACAUUGGGAAAUAUUUGGUUCAUACA